UUUCUAAUUUUUUAUUGUACUAAUAUAUGACUCAAAAUUCUCGUUAAAGCAAGUUUUUGUAAACUGAUAAAAACAAUGUCGAAAUUAAAUAAGCCGUAUUUCUCCAAGGUUUGGGAUCUUGGAACAUGGAAGUCAAAAGACAUAAAAAAAUAUAACUCUAUAUCGCGCAUCCAAAAACAGCUUCGUCUUGGCAACUGGGAAUAUCUCUGCCAACAUCCGGAGAUACGCGCCAUAAUUCGGGUAAUCCUGCACCAGGCACUCAAUGCGAAACCAAGUCCUGAAAAUCUCCGAAAGUUUGUGGCUGAAUUGUUUAACUGUGGGAAGAACCCUUUGCUGGUUCCUAUGAUCAACACCCAGUUAAAAUAUGUUAAGGAUCAGUUGAAGCGGGGACGCUGGAGUCAGUUUGAUGCAGAGAUGUUGUUCAUGGAGAGUCCUUCGACGCACUCGCUGCUCUCCACAGCUUCCGAGGAUUGCAAUGUCCAUCCCGUACUCACCUACGCCCUCGUAUUCAAAAAACCAGACGAAUGUGGCUUAGACCUUCCGCCAUUCUAAAAAUUUCUUAGUCUAAAUAAAUUAUCCUUUUGGAUGCUUGUAAGACAAUUCAAAUAAAAAAAUCCUGUUUGAAAAGUGAAAAGGAAA